AUGAAUCUCACAAUUUGGAUGAUAUUGUUUUCGACUUUCAUAACAAGUGCCUCAGCUCAAGAUCCUUGGAGGAAAGAAUGUGUUGAUGGGUUUGAACUGCUUUUUUACAAACAACGUAAAACUUAUACCAGCGCAAAGUCUUCCUGUGAAGGAUUGGGAGGUUACUUGGCUAAAGUUGAUAAUGAGAGAAUAACGGCAGUCAUUAAUUCCACAUUCACCAUACAAGGUGGUGAAAACGCCUUUUAUAUCGGAGGAAACGACCUAGCGAGAGAGGGAGAUUGGAAAUGGCAAGAUGGUUCUUAUGUGAUCAUGAGAGGAGAAGCGGGAUAUCAAAACUGGAAAUAUAAUCAACCAAAUGGUGAGACUUUAAGCAAUACUCUUGUUGAAGACUGUUUGACAUUAGGCAAAGGAACGUAUAUGUGGACUGAUUCAUCCUGUGAUGAGAAUUUCUAUUACAUUUGCCAGAAAGUGUUUCAAGGCCCUUUCGUUGGAAUACAAACCAUCAACGGAAACCAGAAAAGGUGUUCUGCAACAGAAUGCAGCACUGCUACACAAUUUGAAUGGCACAAAGCAUCUAACAAAGUAUCAACCGCAACUACAAGUAGAGUUUAUCAAACGAUACAAACUGGAUCAGCAACAUUGAAUCUUCAAAACGCAAAUAUUGCAGAUGCGGGAUCCUAUAGUUGUCGUUAUCAAAUUGGUAAAUUGUGGAAAACUACAACUGAAUCAUAUGAAGUGGCUGGAAAUCCCUCAAUCUAUUCGAAUAUCGAAUGA